AAUUCUGGUAGGUAAGUGGUAAUGUUACUUUUUAGAGAAUCAUGUUUUUUUAAAAAUGAAACACAAAUCUUUUGUUUGCUCACUGCAAUAGGCUAUCUUAGGCUAUAGCCUGGGGGCCCUAAGUGGUUAGGGGCCCAUAUAGCCUUUUCAAUUAUUUUUUAUAUUAUUUAUAUUAAUUUUAUUUACAAAAUUAUUUUAAUCUGCGCUGCUUGGCCUGGAACGGGUGCACGGUACCUGCUGGAAGAAGAAUAGGCAGUCAUACAAGGCAAUCUUUCUAAGAUGCAGGCUUAGCAGUGCAGAUAAAAAUAUAUAUAAAAGAAAACAAAAUACAUAUAACUGGAAAAAGAUAGAUCAUGAGCCCCUUGUGUCUCUAGGUGCACCCGUGAUCCUGAUUAAUUGUUGUAUAUUACUAAACUUUUUGGAGUGUGAGCAGUCUAGUAGGGGGGGCUGUGUAAAGUGUAGCCUAGGGGCCUCAUAUCUCAUUAAUCCACCACUGCUCACUGCCCAUCUUGAUAUAACCCCCUUCAGGAAACAAAGGGUUAAAGCAGCAUGUUGCCCGAGAAUGGCUGAUGCUAAUAUAGGAGUUGUGCCGUUAUAGAUCAAAGGCUGGGAGGUGGGAAUGACAGAGGAGGUCCCAGGGUGGUGAGAACAGGAUCCCGAGUAUAAAAUCUACCAGUGAAUCAAUCCUUUCAUUUCCACAGUGAGACAGCUUGACUCUGACACAAAGGAAAGCAAGCUCUGCAACCAAAGACCCAGCUCCUGGAACCAAAAAUUCACUUCUCUAUCUGCCUUAAACUCUUUGUAUCCAAAUUCAACUUUUCAACCAAAGAUCCAACUUUUCAACCAAAAUUCUCAUCCUUAACCACCUCUACCUACUUUAGCCAUACCAAGGACUAUCUGAUCUAUUCCAGUUUCCAUAGCCAGCUCUGCCCAGUUUGGUGCCAUUCUUACUGAGCUCUGUGCAUCAAUACUUCAGACAUGCAAGUGGCCUGUGCCUCAUAAUCACCCCACUCCAUCACUCUCUCCUGCUACAAGUCUCUUAUUUUGCUGGAUUUUCGCCAGGUGCAGGAGGGUGCAAUGGCUUCAACUCUGUUGCUUGUCUACGUAGCUGCGACUCUUUGCCUCCCACUGGUACAGCCAGCAGGAGUUUUUGAGCUAAAAAUCCACUCAUACAGCACUCCCCGUCCUGCGUGUGUCACUGGGCGACCCUGCAGCAUUUUCUUCCGUGUGUGCCUCAAGCACGCUCAGCCUGUAGUGUCCCCAGACCCGCCUUGUACGUUUGGCUCGGCUGUGAGUGACAACCUUCCCUACGAUUCUAAAGCCAUCUCAGACAGCAGUCCAAUUCGAGUCCCCUUUCAUUUCAAGUGGCCGGGUAUUUUUUCCCUCAUUAUUGAAUCCUGGACCACAAACUCAGCUGAACAAUCUACAGAGAACACUGAGAACCUUCUUAGUCGAUUGGCUACACGUAGGCGUUUGUCUAUUGGGGAGGACUGGUCCCAAGACAUACACCUUGGACAGCAGAGUGAGCUGCGUUACUCCUACCAUGUCUCUUGUGAUGAGCAUUAUUAUGGGGACAGCUGCUCCGAUUACUGCAGACCGAGGGAUGACAACUUUGGACAUUACACCUGUGAUGAGCAAGGGAACCGCUUAUGCCUGUCUGGCUGGAAAGGAGAAUAUUGUGCUGAACCUAUUUGUCUACCUGGUUGCAGUGAGGCUCAUGGGUUUUGUGAGAUACCCGGAGAAUGUAAAUGUCGCAUGGGAUGGCAAGGGCAACUGUGUGACGAAUGUUUACGUUACCCUGGGUGCCAGCAUGGAUCCUGCUCCCAACCAUGGGAAUGCAUUUGUCAAGAAGGCUGGGGAGGGCUGUUUUGUAACCAGGACUUGAACUACUGUACCAACCACCGGCCAUGCCUUAAUGGAGCAAGCUGCAUCAAUACUGGUCAAGGGAGCUACUCUUGCAACUGUCAUGCUGGCUUCACAGGAACCAAUUGUGAAAUAGACAUCAACGAAUGUGCGAGUAAUCCAUGCAAGAAUGGAGGCAGUUGUAAUGACCUGGAAAAUGACUAUGAAUGUGUUUGCCCACGGGGUUUCUAUGGCAAGAACUGUGAUAUCAGCGCUAUGACAUGUGAAGAUGGCCCCUGUUUUAAUGGGGGCACCUGUAUCGAGAAGAGCAGUGGAGUAGGGUAUGUCUGCCGCUGCCCCCUCAAUUACCAUGGCUCUAACUGUGAAAAGAAGAUUGAUCGCUGUACCAACAGUCCCUGUCUGAACGGAGGUCAGUGUCUAGAUAUGGGUCGAAAUGUAUUGUGCAAGUGCCGCCCUGGAUUUUCUGGUCCUAGAUGUCAGAUAAACAUUGACGACUGUGCUAUUAACCCAUGUGCAAAUGGAGGUACUUGUGUGGAUGCAGUGAACAGCUAUACAUGCUCCUGCACUCUUGGGUAUGGAGGCAAAGACUGUACCCUGCGGGUAGAUGCCUGCAGUUCCCAACCCUGCAAUAAUGGUGGAACCUGCUUCACCCACUUUAGUGGCCGUGUAUGCCAGUGCCCCACAGGCUUCAUGGGAUCCAGUUGUGAAUUUAGAGUACAAAAUCCCACCCCAGCUUCCCAACGUGCUGAAUCCUCAAAUACUCUUACUAUGGUGGUUUGUCUUGGACUGCUAACAUUCUUUUUGCUGGGCUGUGGAGUGUUCUUGGUUAUGAGAGGUAAGAGGAGGGGACAUUUCAAUGAAAAGGGACGAGUCAAUAAUAACCUGGAACCAAAGAAUAACCUCUUAGAAAAGGAACCACAUUUCAAAAUGCCUAAUCCAGAUUAUCUAAGAGAAAAAUCAAGUAGCAAACAGAAGCUUCUACAAGGAUCUGAAAGUGAGGAGGAGCGAAGUGGACGCAGAAGUGACCGAAAGCCAGAUAUCAGAAAUAGUAACCCCACAUCAAGGUAUCCAGAGGAUGGCGCUUAUCACCCAAUAUAUAUUCUCCCGGUACCUGAACAGUGUAUAUUUGCUACUGAGGUCUAAUCAUCCCAAGAAGACUUCAGACUCGCAUCACUGCAGUCCUAAAAACUGUAAAGCAGACAUUUUCCCCUUUUAUUAUUUAAAAUCACCCUCCCUCUUAUUUAUUGACAUAUUUAUCUUAUAUUUAACACUUUUUUAAAAAAUCUAUAUAUAUUGCUGCUGCUAUUUAUGGCUACUAUACGGACAGAUAAAAAUUCAUUCGUUACUAUGUGUGAAUUUCCCUUCAUGGUGUAUUAGCAUAUCACAUCUAAAUAUUCUUACUGCUUUGUUUUUCAUUCUUCUGUACAAAGGAGUAGAGUUCCAAGUAAGAAUGUUAAAUGGUUGAGAUAUGACUAAGUGGCAUUUAAAAUUACAGGCAUUUAUCCUAAAGCUGGCACCUGCCCAUACAAUUAUAGGACUUUGUUCAUAGUCUCUUCUGUGAAUUGUACCCAAUGGAGGGAGAACACUUAAGAGAUUUACCACUGUUGAGAGUUAAUUCUAAGAACUCCAAAGGCCUAUACAUAGAGUAUGAUUUUGGAGUGUUCUUUUGGUGAUUUCUCUCUUCAAUCUUUGAUAUAACCCUUAGAAUUCUGCCUUUGUGAUCUGUAAGCCUUUUAAGUCACUAUUUCUACAUAAAACACUCCACUUAUAUAUUAUAUAUAUAUAUAUAUAUAUAUAUAUA